AAAACGGAUUGGGGCUCGGAUAUGGGACCUCUUCCAACGGCUCAAUGCCUCUUAUACACCCCCGCUGCACCCUGAUCGACCUCCAUACAUCUUCUCGUACCUCACAGACAACAUUCACGAUGGCCGCGGUAGCCACCUUCCCCUCAGACCCAACCGAAUUCUUCAAGACCUCCUUCUCCGAUCUCCCACCGACUCCUCAAAACGACGGUCCUAACCCAUUAUCCGCAAUUGCCUAUGCGGAUGGGUAUGCAUUGGCGAGCUCAUACUUGCGCAGCUUGAUGGCGGCGAAGGAGUUUAGUGAACGGGCGUUGCGGACGACCGAGAUUGUUAUUCAGCAGAAUCCGGCACAUUACACUGUCUGGGCAUAUCGCACCGACAUCAUCUUCGAACUCCCCGGACCGUCUCGAGUACAGGAAGAGCUUGACUGGACUGCUGCAUUGGGGGCUAAGCAUUCGAAGAACUACCAGCUCUGGCAUCAUCGCCAGUUGCUGCUUUCGCAGCACUCCUCGCCAGACUUGAAGACAGAGAUGGGAUUCAUUGACAAGAUGCUCGCUGAGGAUGCGAAGAACUAUCAUGUGUGGACAUACCGUCAAUGGUUGGUCCGACAUUUCAAGUUGUGGGAUGGGGAGUGGAGGACCAUUGAUGCCCUAUUGGAGAGUGACGUGAGGAAUAACUCGGCGUGGAACAUGAGGUGGUACGUGUUGUCCCAGGGUGGAAAGCCGGCAAUCGAGGGAGAGGCUGCGGAAGGAUCAUGUACAACCACCAAAGAGGACUUGGAGAAGGAGGUGGAUUACACCCUGGAGAAGAUCGCGCUCGCGCCGCAAAACCCGGCACCGUGGCUCUACCUCCGCGCUCUCCACCGCAUCUCCACCUCGCCGUCUAUCACCUCGCUCAAGGAGACAUGUCUGCGAUACGCGCCAGUGGACAGAUGGGAUGCGGAGCUGGGCAUUGAGUCUUCGCAUGCGCUUGAGUUGCUGUGCGAGAUCUUUGAGACGGAGGGAGCGGAGGGGAAGGAGAAAGCGAAGGAGGGCUAUCGGCUAUUGGGUGAGAGGUGGGAUGCGGUGAGGAAGGGCUAUUGGCUGUGGAGGGCGAGUGAGCUUUAGUUGGUAUCGAAUGCGCAGGUAGUAUUCUCGAUAGACUCAUGAAGCGUGGAUGCUCAAUGAAACGAUUUGUAUCAGCUUAAAUUGUUUCCUUGGACCAUGGUAUUCACCUAGAAUUCAGACCAGAUACCACAGCAUCUGCACAUUUCAUAGCCCC